UCCUUCUCCUUCUCCAUCUCCUUCUCUUCUCCUUCUCCUUCUCCUCCUAACGCUAGACGCCCAUCAUGUCCACAAGCGCUUAUCGGCAGUCGGCCACUGUUGACACCGACACCACUACAUCUUCGUUACCUCCAGCCUGCAUCCCAGUCCCAAGUUACUCUACUCCGUACGCUCACUACGACUCUUACCGUCUCUGUCCUGCAUUUGAAGGCUUAUAUAUUAUACGCCCUGCAUGCGACAAAUAUAUCCGUCAAAAUUAAUCGGAAUACUUCAUAAAUAAGCAAUACAUCCCAAGUGAUCUAACGCUGCACAACUACUCGGUAUCCAUGAACCGUGGGAUGGGGACAUAUUUCAGCUGUUGACGUUUACACCUCAAAUACCCAUACAACAAGCAGCCUCCUUUUGUUACCCAGUAAAUGAACUCUUUGGCGGUGAGUUUACACUAACCGUUGUAUGAUGCCAUACAGCAAAUCAUGUCGUUUCACUGGAAAUGGGUGAAACGAACGAAGGUAAAUCGUUGAUAAAAAGAAAUGCUGAAAGCUGGAACGAAUAUUCACAUCCCCCACUUCCUGCAUAACAUCAGAAUGGUCACGUGCUAGCCACCACGCUAGCCGGUUCUUGUUACCUUAGCUGGAAGACGUCGAAAUAACCAACUUCCACAUACUUCCUUUGCUUCCAACCACAACCGGCGCAGCUAUACAACUGAUUGUCGCCAUAGCACGCUCAAGGUCACAGAGAGACGGCCAUUCACCAGCGAUCGACUCCGGCUCCCUUUCUCGAGAGACCCGACGCGCGCGCCAACUUCGCCCUCUUCACGCCACCCUACCACCGUCACCAUGUCUGUCGCCAUCCCCAACGAGUCCAUCACAGCCGCUCUCAAUGACGCGAUACAGCCCAAGCUGGCCGAGAUAGGCUGGAGCACAGGUGGAGCCGACGACUCUGCGCUGGCGGAAUACAUCAUCCUCAUGCUGGCGAAUGGAAAGACACAAGACCAGAUUGCGGCUGAGUUGUCGGGGGACUUGUUGAACCUUGGCCCGGACGACCCAGGAGCGAAGGAGUUUGCGCACUGGCUGUUUGAGCAGGUGGCGCACCUCACCCAGCAGCAGAAUGGCGGCGCUGUUCAUCAGAAUGGUGUCCCUCGAGCUGAGGCGGCGGAAGGUGGCAAUGAUGAAGUAAUGGAAGAUGCAUCCGAGGCAGGAGAUCCAAAUGUACCAACAGGACCAAAAUCGAUGCGCACAGGCGGUGCAGGCAUGAGCCGAGGACGAGAUAGGCGCAUGCUCGGCCAACUACAAAAGAACCUCGACGGCAAAGACUCCGUCCUCCACCGCGUCCGCGCCCACGGAGGAAACGAGCGCAUCGGCGCACGCGGCGCCCCAACCGGACCGCGGGGGAACAUGCAACAACGAGCCGGCCGAUUCGGCGCCAUGGGCGGCAUGCAGGGCGGACCAGCUGGGGUAAACAUGAUCACCCCCGCGCAGCAGAUGGAGAUGUUCCACAUGAUGCAGCAGAUGUUUACGCCCGAACAGCACGCCUCCAUGAGGGCAGGAAACGGCGGCCAGAUGCCCAUGGGCGGCAUGCCACCCUACCAGCAGCAGCAACAAGGCCGUAACGCUGGACGCUCAUUAUUCGACCGCGUGCAACCCAGCCGCGGUCAACGACAGCAACAAUUCAACAACCGCACGCCAUUCCAGCAACACCAACAACAACAACACCACCACCAGCAGCAACAACAAGCCGCCCCCGUCUCCCCAAUGGACAUGGUCCUCACCCCCGCCCACGAACUCGCCUCCCCAGACACAACCUGCAAAUUCAGCCUCACCUGCACCAACAGCGCCUGCAAAUUCGCGCACCAGUCCCCCGCCGCACCCCCCGGCACCACCAUCGACGUGACCGACUCGUGCGCCUUCGGAGCGGCCUGCAAGAACCGCAAAUGCACAGCGCGGCACCCUUCGCCGGCGCAGAAAGUCUCGCAUAAUGCGGAGCAGGACUGCAAGUUCUUCCCCAACUGCACGAACGGGCGCUGCCCCUUCCGUCACCCGACGGCGCCGUUGUGUAGGAAUGGCGCGGAUUGUAGGGGUGAGGGGUGCAAAUUCACGCAUGUCAAGACGAUGUGUAAGUUCAACCCGUGCCUGAAUCCGCAGUGUGCGUUUAGGCAUGAGGAGGGGCAGCGCAGGGGGAAAUUUGAGGAUAAGGUGUGGGUCGCGGGGGACGAGGGGAAGCAUGUUAGUGAGAGGAAGUUUGUGGAUGAGAGUGGGCAGGUGGAGGAGCUGAUUGUGCCGGGGAAUACCGGGGGGGGGGAUGAGGAGUUGGCGGCUUAG